GGCGCGGCACAGCACGGCUCGGCUCAGCUCCGCUCUGCUCUCCCGCCAUGGCAUCCAAGUGCCCCAAGUGCGACAAGACUGUGUACUUCGCUGAGAAGGUGUCCUCCCUGGGCAAGGACUGGCACAAGUUCUGCCUGAAGUGUGAGCGCUGCAACAAGACCCUGACCCCGGGCGGGCAUGCCGAGCACGAUGGGAAGCCCUUCUGCCACAAGCCCUGCUACGCCACGCUGUUCGGCCCGAAAGGAGUGAACAUCGGCGGCGCUGGGUCCUACAUCUACGACAAGCCGCAGAUCGAGGGGCAGACUGCUCCAGGACCCAUCGAGCACCCAGUGAAGGUGGAGGAGAGGAAGGUGAAUGCUGCGCCUCCCAAGGGACCCAGCAAAGCCUCCAGUGUCACCACCUUCACUGGCGAGCCCAACAUGUGCCCACGCUGUGGCAAGAGAGUCUACUUUGCUGAGAAGGUGACUUCGCUGGGGAAGGACUGGCACCGCCCCUGCCUACGCUGUGAGCGCUGCAGCAAGACUCUGACCCCGGGGGGCCAUGCCGAGCAUGAUGGACAGCCCUACUGCCACAAGCCCUGCUAUGGGAUCCUCUUCGGGCCAAAGGGCGUCAACACUGGAGCUGUGGGAAGCUACAUCUAUGACAAAGACCCCGAGGUGAAGAACCAGCCCUAGACGGCGUCCUCCUGCCCGUCCAUCCGCCUGCUCUGUGCCCCCUUACUAACCUCUGCUCACAGCUGGAGCAGAUCCUUGCCAGGCUGGCCACAGAGCUGUGCUCUCUCUGCUGUUUCCCCUCUGGGCAGGAUGGCCCUGCCCCCUGGGUUAUAUAUCAUAGCCUCUAAUAUAAGCUUUGGUGUUUAAAGGCAAAGGUAGAAGGUGUUUCUGGUGGUUCCCAAUGUGCUCUGUCCUCCCCAGCCCUCCCACCAGCCCCCCCAAGUGCAGGAGGCAGCAGGGCAGGUGUGGGGAUGUCACUGUGUGCAGGGGACAGUGAGUGCCACCCAAGGGGCUGAAAGCAGGGAAAGUCCCACCUUGAAAGUGUGCCCCUCACUGCCUCCUGCACAGAGCUGAUGGAGCCAAGCAGGCAUCCAGCAGCAUUUGAGAUGGGGGCUGAUGGUCAGGGUGCCCAGCUCUCCUCCUCACCAGCUGCUUGGGGAUGUGUGGGUCGCCUCAGGACUCUGGCUUGUCUGGCAGCUUCCUGGCCUCCAUGCCCUGGCCCUCACUCUCCCCAGGGCCCACAGCUGACCUCAGCAGCUGUUGAUGAUGCAGGUCCUUGAAUCCCGAUCCCUGCACUCCCAGGGCAUCCCUGUACAUGUCCCUAGGCAGGUGCCCACCCUGCUCUGCUGGCUGUUUUGGGUUGGUGACCCUCUCCAGCCGGGUUCCCCAUGACAGCAGAGCCUGUGCCAGGGGGUACCUGGCAGCCACCACCCUGGGGAAGUGAGCUGCCCCCUGCUUCCUGAGGGCAGAGCGCAUUGGGCUGGCGGCUCCGGGGCAGGGCACCUGCCUGCCUCCCAGAGCCGGAGGUUUCUCCUUGUUGUUGUUUAUUUAUAACCAGUUGUAAAUGUGCCCCUUGCUUUGGAGAAUGACACCUACCCCCCAGUCCCACCCGGGCCCCCCGUGCACACCCAGCCCUGCUGCUGCCCAGCAGACCAAGGCGGGGCUGAUGCAGGGGACCCUCCGU